UUUACUCAAGAAUGUGCCUAUGGGAUGUGUAGCUCUAAUAAUAUAUGCAACUAUCCUUUCUCUGGAGGAAAUCUAUGUAACUAUUGCUCUGAAAAUAAACAGAUUGAUAUUAUACCCGCCAAAAAUGGUAUUCAUUGUUGCUCAACUUACAGACCUUCACUUUUAGUUUUAAUUAUAAUCUUGUUUACAGUGUAUGGCUUGGUACUUUCAAUUGCCAAAUAUCUCAAUUUCUCUGGUUGGCUUUGUAAUAGUAUCACAUUUCUUCAGAUUAAUUCAGUCGCUUUCUUUUCUUACCCUGGUUUAUAUGUUUUACCCUUUUUCAAAGUCUCAUGGGAUUUGUUUGAUGGUGUAUGUCUAUUUAAAAAUUCAAGUGCUCUUCAUAAAAUUGGAUUUUCCUUUGCAGCCAUCAUCUAUCUAGUGGUAAUUGGUUAUAGUGACAUAACAUUAAAACUAAUAAUCAAGUUCUACGGUCCAAUAAAAAACUUUUUCAAAAGAAAUCAUAAUAAAAACUUCAACUAUAGCGCCCCUCCAAAGUUUAUAAGCAAUAUUGCUCCCUACAGAAAUGAUAAAAUGUUCAAGAUGGCAUCACAGUGGAGAUUACCAAAAUUCAUUGGGUGGGAUUUAAUUAUAGCAUCAAAAUUUUCAUUGUUAACAGUACUAUCAAUAACACUAUUAUUCAAAAGUAAAGUUUAUUUGGUCUCAAUCCUUGUAAUUCAAUUAGUAUAUAUAAUCAGCUAUUUAGUAUUCAAGCCCUCCAAUAGAAAUAUAUUACACCAGACUAAUGUUCUUUUGAACCUAUUCCAAUUGAUCCUAUUCAUAGUUUCAAACUCUACAAUAUUUUUAAAAACAAAUCCAUAUUACCAAGGCUAUAUAAUAACACUAUUAGUCUUUACAUCACUAUUUGUUUAUUUAUUUUUUUAUUAU